GAGUGGUUUGACCUCUGGGGGAACUCGCAAGCCAAGGAUGCGCUAUUCGCGUUUUUUUUGACCGGUAUCUCAAGGGCGUCGACAACGGCUGGGAUAAAACGCCCAAGGUGAGGAUGUCCUUGCUGCGGUUUGGUCAGAAGAUUCCACAGGCGACUGAGAAUAUCGUCGAGGAGGACUUCCCGCCGGCGCGGACGCAGUAUAAGCAGCUCUUCCUCAGCACAGAGGAGACGCUCAUUCCUGAUGCUGCGCCACAGGAGAUGGCGUCGGUCAGCUACGACUCCGAGUCUAGCGGGAACGUCAGCUUCACUCAUACCUUCACCGAAACCACCCGCAUCAUGGGCCUGCCCAAAGCCGUGCUGUACAUGUCCUGUCCAGACCACGACGACAUGGACGUGUACGUCAUGAUCCAGAAGCUUGACUCGAACGGCAAGCAGAUGAAGAACCUCAAUAAUCCCUGGAAGGUUAUCCCAGUGAACUCGUUUGAGGAGUUCGCACGAGAACAAGAGACGGAAGUUGUGCUGUACAAGGGACCCGUUGGUAUCCUCCGGGCGUCUCACCGGGCCAAGGAGGAGAAGAUCCCACCGGGCGAGGUGGUCAGGCUAGACAUUGGGAUCUGGGCGCUUAGGGUCGAGUAUGAGGCAGGAGAGAGCCUGCGGGUUGUUGUCAGCGGGCAGAGCUUUGCCGUGAGUAAUUUCGGGAAGAAUCAUACCUUGAAUAAGGGUAAGCAUAUCCUACAUCUGGGAGGUAGCCAGGCAAGCCACAUCGUUCUUCCUUUCGUUUAGAUAAUACCAAACUUGAUCGCCGAUGUAGGUUUCAA